CCGGGCGGCCCCAGCUGCUGGCGGCCAGGCGCGGAUUGAGCAACCCGGCGGCGGGCGGAGCGCGGGGCCGACGGCCUCGCCCUCGCCCCUCAGGGCUGCCCCGCCGCCACGGCCGCUCCAGGACCAUUUUGGGGGUAGUUCCCUGCUGGAGUGACAACCAGACCUCCCCAGUGACCGUCUGAGGUGACUUCAAUCAAGACAGAACCUCCCUUUGGGCUGAUGGAGAACCAGGCACCACGCACUUUCUCUGUCACCAUAUUAUGGUGGAUUUGGGCUGCAGCCCAGGCCUGGGCCUCCUGCCACUGACCCAGCCUUGGAGCCUUUAGUGAGAGCCCUGCAGAGACCACCCCUCCUGCUGGGGGCCUGAGGCUGGCUAGUGACUAUGCGGCUUGGGCUGUGUGUGGUGGCCCUGGUUCUGAGCUGGACGCCCCUCACUUUGGGCAGCCGAGGGAUCAAGGGCAAGAGGCAGAGGCGGAUCAGUGCUGAGGGGAGCCGGGCUUGUGCCAAGGGCUGUGAGCUGUGCUCAGAAGUCAACGGCUGCCUCAAGUGCUCACCCAAGCUGUUCAUCCUGCUGGAGAGAAACGACAUCCGGCAGAUAGGUGUCUGCCUGCCAUCCUGCCCACCUGGAUAUUUCGAUGCUCGAAACCCCGACAUGAACAAGUGUAUCAUUCUGCCCUCAGAAUGCAAAAUUGAGCACUGCGAGGCCUGCUUCAGCCAUAACUUCUGCACCAAGUGUCAGGAGGGUUUGUACUUGCACAAAGGUCGCUGCUAUCCGGACUGUCCUGAGGGCUCCACAGCAGCCAACGGCACCACGGAGUGCAGCAGUCCUGCCCAAUGUGAAAUGGGCGAGUGGUCCCCGUGGGGGCCCUGCUCCAAGAAAAAGAAGCUGUGUGGUUUCCGGAAGGGCACAGAGGAGCGGACACGCAGGGUGCUUCACGCUCCUGGGGGAGACCACGCUGCCUGCUCCAACACCAAGGAGACCCGGAAGUGCACAGUGCGCAGGACGCCGUGUCCCGAGGGGCAGAAGAGGAGGAAGGGGGGCCAGGGCCGGAGGGAGAAUGCCAACAGGAACCUGGCCCGGAAGGACAGCGAGGAGCCAGGGUCCAAUUCUCGGAGACGCAAAGGGCAGCAGCAGCCACAACCGCAGUCAGGGACAGCGGUGCCAUUCAUAUCACCCGGACCUACCUAGGCACAGGGUCAAGUCCAAACCCAAGUGGAAGAGUCCAAUGCUGCUCCCAUGUGGAAGAGUCCAGCGCUGCUCUGAAUAAUAACUUUCUGGAACUGGAGUGUCCAGGACAGAGAGUCCACACAUACUCCAUCAUCCAUCCAUCCAUCCAUCCAUCCAUCCAUCCAGGCACACAUACACAGAGCCACUUUCAA